CUUCCCUUUGGGAAGGAACAGGCCUGCCUGCUAGAGGAACUGAGCACUCAAAAUCCAAAGGAGCACAGCGGAGAGAGAGAAGGCGCCAGAGAGACACGGGAAAAGGAGAACAAAGCACUCAAAUCAAGACAGAAGACUUAGCCUGAGAAGGAAAGGGAGUAGUACCUGCAGGUGCCAUGAAAGGCGUCACUUUCCCAGUAACUGUUAUGCUUCUGAUACUGGUGCACAGCUCCCAGCCUGUCCAUGUCCAGGAGGGGGAAUUCUCGUUCCCGCUAGAGGCUGUGAAGAAGCUGAAGGAAUUCUUGGAUGCAGAUGCCAGAGCCAGUCCCCGGAUGAUGGCUAGGACCAGUUUCAUUUCUGUGUGUGCAAACCCAGAGCUGCCCAAAGAAUUUCAGCCCGUAUGUCAAAGGGAAGAUGCACCCAUCAUUUUUAACAGGCUGAACUUAGCUGUCCAAGACAUGGAUAUAUGUGAAAUCUGCGCCAAUGCAGCUUGCGCAGGUUGUCGCUGAAGAAGGAUGAAACCAUGUAUAUGGGGCCAGCCAAGCCCUGCAAUCUCUGCAUUUAUCCUGCAGCGUCGUUUGCAUUGGCAAAGCUAUUCUCUCUUAGGCCAGGUCUCCGCUACCACCUACUUUGGUAUAACUUAUGUGGCUCAGCGGUGUGAAUAAGCCACCCCCUGAGCGACAUAAGUUACACUGAACUAAGCGAUGGGAGAGCUUCUCCCGCUGACAUAGCGACCGCCUCUCGCGGAGUGGAUUUAUUGUGCUGAUGGGAGAGCUCUUCACCAGAUGCGGUGCAGCUGUGCCAGUGUAGUGCUUCUAGUGUAGACUAGCCCUGAGAAACACAAACAAGAUCCCCUCCCAACACCCAUGCCAGGGUCACUGCUUCACUUUCCAAAAAGCUUUGUUAGGAUGGGUGGGAGGUUUGGGGAAUUGUAGCAUCUCCUGUAAAAACCUUGUGAGGUCUAAAUCCAUGUGUGAUUGUCUCCACCUGCACUAGUAGAUCAGGUAGCGCAGACAAAAUUCUAUCAGCACAACCCGUGUGCCGUGGGAUGGGGUUAGCACAGGCACAAUCCAGUUUAAUAGUGGGAGGUGAGGCUAACGACAGGAUUGGUUCAGUCUCCAUUUAGUUGUCUUAAUGUUGCUGAUCAAUCUGAACUAACCAUCUGCCCUGCUGCCCUCUGCAAACCUCCCCCACCCCACCUCCCAAUACUUUUUCCCCCAAGAAUUUUUCCCAGAAGGACCCUGUGACCUCACCCCAGCAAUGAUAAGUUCCUUUGCACAGGUGCUGUGCUGCAGAACACUGACAAUCUACCACCUGCAAGGGGGCUAGCUCCUUUCAUCAGCAUCAGCUGUUUCUUUCUCAGCUUGGCAGUGCUUGGCCCCAGAGCUUAGAGGCAAGCCACACUCAUUGUUCCUGGGUUUGGGCUAUGGGAAUCCAGGGCUCCAGGACAAUUCCCUUUCUUUGUGGGAUCUGUUUAUCUAUUGAUGCAAGAGGCUACUCAAGGGAGACCUUUCUAUAUCUGGUGGGGUUCUGCACAGGCUGAUGGUUAGUUGCUAGGCUCCUCACACCACUCCUAUCUUUGCAUUUCUUUAAUGCUUACGUUAUGUACGUGUAGUGAAGGAUUUGUGCAUGAGAUUGUGAUGGCUGUGUGCAUAUGUCUUCCUGCGUGUUACAUGUAUGUGCACCCCUAUGAUGUGGAUGUGUUUAUAAUAAAACUAUGUAAUUUCAUCUAGGGAUAGGAAUAUUUUCUGCCAUUUGAAAUCUGUGAACCUUAGACUGAGUUUUUUAGUUUGAGUUUGCAGCUCUUCUGCUGUACCUUCACUCACUUCUUAGUAAUAAAACUGUAGUAAUACUUGUGCAUUUACCUCCCAAUACUGCAACAAGCAGGUACACUUGAAUAUUUCACACAAUCCAGGUCUUGUGGUGUAAUUGCAAUAGAAAUAUGCAUGAGAAAACACACUAUUUCUGCAUUUACAGAGUACAAUACACAUCCUUUCAGUUGUCACCCAGUUUGGUUUUUAUCACCGUAAUUUUUAACCUCAGUAGUUUUGAGAUCAGCAGCACCUGUGCAUUGUAAUGCAGUUAUGCCUGUUCUUCUGUACAUAUUAAUAGUUGCAUUUUCUAAUUGUAAAACUAAUCACUGUAUUUUGUUCAGGUUAGUGUGGCUAAAAAGAAAGUCUCGUUCACUUACCACAUUCUGUAUAUCAGCGAGUUAUUUCCCACUUACAGAAAAAGAUGUAAAGAAACAUUAUAGUUAAAAAUAAGUAAAUAAAUAAAAAUGCUAAAUCACA